AUGGUGGAGACACUGACCGUCGCCGUCCUGGGCGCCCCCAGGGUAGGCAAGACAGCCAUCAUUCACCAAUUCUUGUACCACGACUUCACAGACAAGUACAGCCCCACGGAGGACCGUUACAUCUACCGGCCGUCAGUCAUGCUGAACGGGAAUUCCUACGACCUGAAAAUCAUGGACGUCCCCUACGUGGCGGCUUUCCCUGCCAACAGCUCUCAGGAGUGGUCAGACCUAAAGUAUUGGGGCCUACGAAACACCGAUGCCUACGUUCUGGUGUACGACAUUUGCAGUCCAGAAAGCUUUGAAUAUGUGAAAAUGCUCCGUCAGCAGAUCCAGGACAACAGGACAAGCAACAUCAGCGAAGCACCCAUCAUCGUAGUGGGGAACAAACGGGACCUGCAAAGACAGCGUUUCACGCCCCGCCGGACCCUCUCCUUGCUCGUGAAGAAGGCCUGGAAGUGCGGCUACAUGGAGUGCUCGGCCAGAUACAACUGGCACAUCAUCCUGCUCUUCAAAGAGCUGCUGUGCAGCGUCCUGGCCCAGAGCUGUCGGAGCAAUCACUCUGCGGUGCGCCUCCAGGGGGCGCUGCACACAAACAGGUGCAGCCUCAUGUGA